AUGCACUUUUCCAGAGCGAACAGCAUGUGUAAUAUUGAUGAUGAAAUCUCUUAUGGUUCGUCACCAACAAGCAAAUCAUGGUUUGAUAUUGAAGAAGGCAAUGACCACGAAGGAGGCGUCCUGUAUUCUGAUGAACAUUUCCAGAGAAUUACAACACCUGACAGAGUUCAGUUUCAGCCUCUUUCAUCAUCAGCAAUCAAUAGUAUUUCAGAGAAUGAUGAAGCAGACAUUCCUGAAAUGGAUGAUUAUGUGGAUUAUCAAUCAAUGGAUAAGAAUUUCAAUGACGGUACCGUAGUACCGUCUGAUCUUAAUCUAGCCACGAGCCCUUCCACUCUUCAUCCUCAACAAAUUGAUCAGUCUUCUGGUAAUUCCUCUUUUUCUGUCUGGCUUCAACAGUCAUCAUGGUUGCUGCAACACAUCAAACUUAAUCCUAAGACACCUUUUAAGCAAUUGCAGAAAACUCAUCUCAGCAGACUUUGA